GUUGUUAGAGGAAUGGACGCAGGUAGCUCAGACGUUAGUGAUAAUCUUGUUUGUGAAUGUAGUAAAGUUUUUGCCACAGUACAGUAAUUUUUCGACACAAUGAGCUGCUAAACGUGAGGCAAUCCGCGUAAUGGACAACAUGGGAAGUCGCCCGCCAGGGCAGUCAAGGAAUAAUGGAAACGCUGCAAGCAGCAGCAGUGCUUCCCAGCCAAUGCCUCAUCGUGCCCCACCUCAGCUCGCUCAAAGCCCGCAGAACGCUGCGGAGACCAUCUCGAGAAAAAUAAAUAGAUCUCGAAAUUUAAAUCUGAGAGCUGCCCUUGCUAACUUGCAACGGGUAAAACCAGCAGAGGAGAAGCGCCACAGCAGAGAUACGGCGCCUCAUGCUGAGGGGUCUCCUGGCCCCAGCAGUGACCCCCCUCAGCAGCACCGGGGCAAGAGGAAGCGCUCGAAAAGAGACUCGUCAAGAGAUGCCAAACGGCACAGCGCGGAGCAGCCAAAUGUGGGCCAGGCGGCUUCCUCAACUGUUUCCUCUACCCAACACGAACAGUGGAAACAGUUGUUGGCUUCAUUAACCUCCGAGUCUAGACCGCAGUAGUCUGGAAAGAUGAGAUGGAAAGAGACGAGUGACCAAGCAGGUCCAGCAGACAAAAAACGCCCAAGGAAAAUAAAUGCAUUGUUACUGAGCACACAGUGACACACGACAGACGAGCGGCUAACAAAGACUUCAUUUCUCUGUCCUCACGCAGGAACUACAACUAAAAAAGAUCCAGUUUGGGUCUCAGUGUUGAGAACUUUGGAUUUGACGGAGGACAAGGAAAACUGCCAAUAACGACUGAGGAGCCGGUGCGCUUUUAUCGAGCUUCUUCACACAUGAGCUCAUUGGCGGGAAGCAAAGGUUAGGGCAGACGAUGGAGGAAUACAAUGGAAGCUAUGGUGUUCAUUUGUGUGAUGCGGUACAGCAAGAGCACGGAUUUGACAGCAGCCAGCAGAGUUGAAGUCCAGCACUAUAUACCUGCUGCAACAUAAUCCGUGUACUCAAAUUAGAAGUUGUAAAUAGAGACGAGGAUUUUUUCCCCGGUAACUGCUGUAUAUAGAAAAAAGCAAUAUUUGUCAACAAAUUUUCAAAUGUUUUAUAUUAUACCUAUAUAUAUAUUUUAAUGUACAUUUGUAUACAUUGUAUACUUCAUUUUAAUUAUAUAUCACACUUAUAUUUUAAUGUUUAAA